AUGGAAGCGCGUGAUGCGAUCGUAUCGUGGCUGGAGCAGGACGACAACUUCUUGCGUGUAACAGCGUCGUCCCCGUUCUCUCCUUCCACCCGCCGCGGCAGCGUCAACCUGCGCGACGUGGUACAGACUGAGAGCCAAGCGCUCAACGAGCUCGCGGCGUUCGUGAACCGGAAUCUCCCAGGCUCAAACUGGGACUCUAGACACGCUAAACAGAUGCUUAAGCACUACCUGCUGGAAUACCGCUCCACGGCCGAGAUGGCGGCAAACCCCCAGUUCAUACUGGACGAAAGGGACGAGCUGCUUGGGAUCCGGACGGUGCAAGCCAAGCUAAACGCCAUGUGUCGCCAUUUCCAGCGACUGCAGCAGCUCCAUGAUCCCGUGGUGAUUGCCACCAAGGAAGGAGAGAGGAAGAGGAUGGAGAGAGGGAACGAGAACCAGCAGAGCAAUGGACAAACGCAGGAACAACCAAACGCGACCCAGAUAACGCACGUGAAGGUGCAUAUCGACUUGAUGGAGACUCAACCCAGUGAGAGGGAGGAGCUGGUGCCUGAGAGUGAAUUGAGUAACUCGUAUGAGAACAGUGAGACGGACAGAGAGACGUCUCUCAGGGAACGGUGUAAUAACUCGAUAGUGCAUGAAGUUGGAUCGAAGAAGGAAGCGAAUCAAGUGAUCAAUGGAAAGAAAAAAUACCUGGAAGUUGUGAGUAAAACGAAACCAGGCAAGCAGAAUCUAAAAGGAAAGAAGAAUAUUACGAAAUUGACGCAGACGCACAAGAAAAAAGAGGUGAUACUAUCGACUCCUCUGGUCACGCUAACAUCGGGUGAAGAAAAGGAAGACGAAAGGUUCUCGAGUAUCAGCAACUCUAGUCGAGGAAAGAAACGAUUGACGAGGUCACCGUUGAGUAAGGGUGGUGGUAAUUCUCCGAAGUCUAAGAAAAAACAACGCGUGGAGACUCUAACCGAGAAUAAUGGUGCAGUGGACUUAACACCCACUCAAACCACGCAACCAGUUACCAGUUCUGCUUCUGAAGGCUCACAAGAUUCCCCAUCGAACGAAGCUGUGAAUGGCUUGCCAUCUUCAUCUUCUGUUCAAGGCCAACGCGUUACUGCAUCUAAACAGAGAAGGCAAGACGCCAAGGAUGCAGCUCAAAAAUCGACCGUCGUACCAGAUGCCUUGCGCUCGGCAAUCGCCCAAGUUGUUUCGCAGCGUCAACAGCUUUUAUCUCGUCAGGGUAGUCGGAGUGACAGCGACUCUGGCACGAGCGAUAUCGAUGCUAUGAAUCCUAUUCCAAGCGCAUCUCAUAGUACCCCGCCAGUGGAUACCCCUCCCAGUCGAUACGAACCGGUACUGUCUGCAGGUUUUCUUCCGCCGUUAAUUGCCAUGUCAAAAACCUUUAGCGAAAAGUCGAAUAUGGAGCGGAAGCGCGCGCUCUUCCGCGCUAAGCAACUCGCCUUCGAGCAGCUGAGAUGGCAGCGUGAGAACGAACUCCAGCAGCUUGAGUUGAGCUUGCUACGCCGCGAAAUGGAAGCCCGCCAGAGUCUCGUUCAACAGGAGCUCAAGCUCCAGAGAAUGCGCAUGCGAGCUGACCUCAUCCAGCCCAUGAUUGCUGCUGGUGCUAACGUUACAGAGAUUGCUGAACGAUUGAGGUUACUCUAG